AUGAAAAAAAUUCAAGAGAAUAAUAAGAUCAUUUCAUUUUUAAAAUUUUUAAUUCAUCUCACAGCUAUUGAUAGCCGAUUCAUAGUAUGCGGAUAAAAAUCCUUGUACUUAUUAGUUGAAAUGAAGAUUGAGUUAAGAAACUAAUGUUUUGAUAAAAUAAAGAUAAUGAACACUUCUUUAGUUGGGGGUAAUUUUGCAAAAAGCAAUUUAAGCGAAUCAGAAUUCAAUAAUGUAGAUAUAAGUGGAGUGAACUUAAAUGGAGCUAAAUUAUUUAAUUUUAAAUGGAGGAAUUUGAAAAUUCACGAAUAGAAUUAAUUGAAAGGUCAUAGAGGACUAAUUUAAUCAGUAUGUUUUUCUCCUGAUGGUACUACAUUAGCAUCCGUAGCUCAGAUGAGUCUAUCCAUUUAUGGGAUACAAAGACAGGAUAUAAAAAAGCAGAAUUGUAUGGUCAUAGUGAUUCAGUUUAAUCAGCAUGCUUCUCUCCUGAUGGUACUAUAUUAGCAACUGGUAGCGUAGAUCAGUCUAUUCGUUUAUGGGAUGUUAAAACAGGGUAAUAAAAAGCCAAAUUAGAUGGCCAUAGAAAUUAUGUCAACACAGCAAGCAUUUCUCCUGAUGGUACUACUUUAGCAUAUGGUAGCGGAGAUCUAUCAAUCCGAUUAUGGGAUGUUAAGACAGAAUGAUAAAAAACCAAAUUGGAUGGUCAUAAUAAUGAUGUCAAUGCAGUAUGUUUCUCUCCUGAUGGUGCAACUCUAUAGCAUCUGGUAGUGUAGAUAAGUUUAUCCAUUUAUGGGAUGCUAUUACAGGAUAAAAAAAAACAAAAUAGGAUGGUCAUACUAGUUAUAUUCAUUCAGUUCGCUUCUCACCUGA